AUGACUCACGUAGGGUUGUUGGCAUGUUAUGCUGGCCUUCUCGCCAGCGCCGCCGCACCACACUUCUCAUCAGCGCUUACCCUUCGCUCUGGCACAGCGACGUCUCAGCAAAACAGUCUCCGCACAAAUUUAUUUGCAUCUGGCCAAGUUUCCCUGCGGACGGACACCGCAGCCGAGGAGGUAACUCCAGAAUGCCUGGACAUCAUAAACAAUCUAAGGAGCGAAAAUCUCAAGGACCUGUUGGAAACCCUCAGCAGCGCAAAGGAAAAAGAGGUGACUGAAAGCCUGAAGGCAAUCCAAAUAGUGGAACCCGCAGACCCUACUGCCGUGAAAAUUGCAGUAACGCUCGCAGGCAACAGUGACACAUGUGACUCGGGCGAAAGCGCGGAUGCGAAGAAGUAUCCCGGACUCGUUAUUCCAUUCGCGCAUGACACGGAGUUCAAAUGCAAGACUUUGAUCCAGGCGACCUACACAGCUGGACUCGACCAACUCAAACAAUCGAACUUCGACCCCUCAACGGGAAAAUAUGAUCCUACGAAAGCUCCAUUCAAUAACGUAAACGCCAGCAAUGUGGCGUUUCUACUGUCGGCGAAAAGCAAAAAGGUCUCAUGUGCCGUCACCAACAACUGCAGUGAGGGCUACAACGUUUUAUUCUGCUACUUCAUAGAGCCACUUCGAACUGGAGAUCAGCCUUUCACAACUGAGCUUUACAAUGCCCUCUGGGGAUUGGAAACAGGCGCAGCGUCUAUCUCCGUGCCCAGCGUCGCCACCAUUCUUUUGGUCCUCGCUUUGAUGACCCGGACUUACGCUUAA